GUGCCGAAAAUAUGGGUGAGAACGUGAGGGUGGUUGUUCGAUGUCGUCCCAUGAACAAAAGGGAGCAGAAUACUAAUUGUAAAGAAAUAAUAAAAAUCGAUGAUUGCUCUGUUAUGAUCCAAAACCCCUCCGAUUAUACCGCACCAGCAAAAACAUUUACAUUUGACAAUGCAUAUUCUCCAAACGCACCAACUGAAGCUCUUUACAAUGACAUUUGUUAUGCCUUAGUCGAAAAUGUCCUCGAAGGUUACAAUGGAACUAUAUUUGCAUACGGACAAACAGGCUGUGGUAAAUCACACACAAUGCAAGGACCCGAUAUCAAUACCACUGUUGGCUUAGUUUCAUCGUCAAACCAUCAGCAACGUGGUAUAAUAACGCGAUCUUUUGAUCAUAUCUUUGAAGCAAUUUCCGUUGCAAGUGGAGUACAAUUUCUAGCUUUAGUUAGCUAUUUGGAAAUCUAUAAUGAAAAUAUAAGAGAUCUAUUGGCUUCGAAUGAAAAUAUUCAUGUGAAUCAUGCGUUAAAAGAAAUACCAGGCGAAGGAGUAUCAGUUCCGAGUUUAUCAACGCACACCGUUCACAAUGCAAAAGAAUGUGAUGAGCUAUUGCAAAUUGGAGCAAAAAAUCGAAUGGUUGGAGCAACUCUGAUGAAUGCUGGUAGUUCGCGAUCGCAUUCAAUUUUUACAAUAAGUUUAGAACAAAUUAAAACAACAGAAAUAACUGCAGCUGGUCAGAAAAAUCCAGGAAUUCGAAAGGGAAAGCUAAAUUUGGUAGAUUUAGCUGGUUCGGAGCGACAAAAUAAAACUCAAGCAACUGGUGAUAGACUGAAAGAGGCAACCAAAAUCAAUUUAUCACUGUCAGCUUUGGGUAAUGUGAUUUCAGCACUUGUGGAUGGAAAAACUAAACACGUUCCUUACAGAGACUCAAAGCUAACAAGACUUUUACAGGAUUCUUUAGGAGGCAACACAAAGACACUUAUGAUUGCAUGUAUUUCACCGGCAGAUUAUAAUUACGAUGAGACUCUCUCGACUUUGCGAUAUGCCUCCAGAGCUAAGAACAUAUCGAAUAAACCGAAAAUCAACGAAGAUCCGAAAGAUGCGUUACUGCGUAACUAUCAGGAAGAAAUAAUCAAAUUAAAGAGAAUGCUCGAAACAAGUCAAACGGGAACGGGUGAAAAAUUGCUCUCGUCUGUGCUCUCUUCAGAAGAUAACACACGAUGGUUGGAAACUGAAAAAGCAAAGCUCCAGCAAGAAUAUGAAAGUAAAACAAAUCGUUUGAGAGAAGUUCAUGCUGUUCAGCAACGGGAAAAGGAAGAACUAGUACGCGACAUGGAACGUUUAAAAACGCAUUAUGACAAUCAAUUGAAGGAACUUGCCAACAAUGCCGAAACAAAUAACAAUCGCUUGGGCAUAACUAAUCUCAAUGAACGUCCUUUUAAUGCAUUAAAUGGUGCUGCUGGAUCAGAAGAAAUGCAACUGGAGGUGCAGAAUCGAAUUGAAAUGAUCAAAAAUGCCCUAAUAGGUGGUGAACGAGAAAAUGAUAUUCAACUGAAGGAGAAACGUCAUAAAAAAAAACUCGCCGCUCAGAGUAGAUUGAGUGCUUUAGCUCACGCAUUAAGUCGUGUUCAGCAAUCGGAUGAUAGAAACUUGCUGCAAGGUCAUUAUAGCAGCAUUCAACAGGAACUUAAAGUUAAAACUGAAUCGCUUAAGGCUUAUCGACAGAAAAUACGAGCUUUGGAGCGAGAAGUUUCUGAUUUACAGUCUGAAUUUCAGUUGGAUCGAGCCGAUUAUUUAGAGACGAUACGGCGAUUAGAGAGGAAUAUGAAGUUUUAUCAACAAAUCAUUGAAAUGGCAUUGCCUAUUCUAAGAAAAGAUGGCAAAUAUUGGGAUCCUGAUGAAAUAAUGAGAAUAUCUUCAUGGAAUGAUGAUCUGAAAAACUGGAAGUUACCAGAAGAAUCAAUGAAUAGUUUUAAAUUACCAUUGGCUGUCUCGGCACCCUCUCCCCAAACCCAAAGAUAUUUGACUGAUAAUGAAAGUGAAGAAAAUGAUGGAUCUGGAGAAGAUCAGAAACCGGAUAGUUUAACAGAUAACGAUGAUAUUGCGAGUAACUAUUUUCGACCGCGUCGCAACAUCGAGCUUGUACACCAAAGAAAAGGCUUUAGUAAUUGGAAAGACUUUACCAAACGCAACAGACGCAGCACACCGCAUCAGCAUCAGUCGCCACAAAUACCGCACAAUUUAACGAUAAGCAACAAAAACCUUAACAAAUCCAACUGGAUGAGUCUUAGUACAGCGGCUAGUAGUAGCAACAACAAUCGGGUUCUAUCAUCCUGGCUGCCUCAGAAUCAUAGAUCAAUGAGUAAAACAUGGUGUGGUCUGACCGGGCAAUCGCCAUUAGUCAAUUCAAUGUCACCAAAUAGAGAAAGUGAUUCUGACAAUUUCAUGGAGAGAUUUCCAGCAUUAUUAUCACAAUCAACGGCUAAUCUUUCUCAAAAUUCGAAAUCCAGCAUUAAACUAUACCCAAUACCAUUGGACAAUGGGCAGGAAUAAACAAUACGAGGCUAUCAUACCAAAUAAUAACAAUUAUGUACCAACAACGAUGACUUCUUUUAACAGCUUUUAUGUAAAAGCUCACAUUAAGACAAUAUAGAAUUUUUCGUUUUGUUUUUAAAAUAUUUUUAAGUAAAAUGUAGUUAAAGUUUGAUGUAAUAUGAGUAAAAUUUAG